UUCUGAUAAAUUUUUUUCUGGUUCAAAGGGACUUUAGACACUGAUAAGUGUUUGACUUUGAGCGCUGGAUUUAUUGUCGGUGCCACAGUUUUAUUCGUUAUCAGACUAUCUGCUUCAUUUACCCAGCAUGCCUCGCUUGUUGCCGUCUGGAGAGAAGGAGUGACUGUGUAGAAAAGAAUCAGCUAGCUCCUUUUGACAUCUAUGUAGUUGCUGUUACUAUGUGUUUAUUGUGGAUGAAGUAAGAGGAGGGGGAAAAACAAUAUUUAAAGGAAGGUGAAAUAUCUUGUUGUCAACACCCUAGCGAUGCCUCUCUUCACGACCAACCCCUUUGACCAAGAUGUUGAGAAAGCAACCAGUGAGAUGAACACAGCUGAGGACUGGGGCCUCAUUCUGGACAUAUGUGAUAAGAUAGGGCAGUCACGCACUGGGCCAAAAGAAUGUCUCCGCUCAAUAAUGAGAAGAGUGAACCACAAGGAUCCCCACGUAGCCAUGCAGGCAUUGACUCUUCUGGGCGCUUGUGUUUCUAAUUGUGGUAAAAUCUUCCACUUGGAGGUUUGCUCUAGAGAGUUCGCCAGUGAAGUCAGCAACGUCUUAAAUAAGGGUCACCCAAAAGUGUGCGAAAAGCUGAAGGCGCUGAUGGUGGAGUGGGCAGAGGACUUCCGCAAUGAUCCGCAGCUCAGCCUGAUCUCUGCGAUGAUCAAGAAUCUACGCGAGCAAGGGGUCACCUUCCCAGCGGUGGGCUCCCAGGCUGCAGAGCAAGCAAAAGCAAGCCCAGCAUUGGUGGCAAAGGAUCCCUCCACCACCACAAACAAAAAGGAGGAAGAAGAUCUGGCCAAAGCUAUCGAGCUGUCGCUAAAGGAGCAGCGACAGCAACCGCAGACGUCCCUGUCGAGCCUUUACCCGAGCACGUCCAGCCUGCUCUCCACACACAAGUCCGACGGCAGAAAAGUCCGCGCCAUCUACGACUUCGAGGCUGCGGAGGACAAUGAGCUCACUUUUAAGUCCGGAGAAAUCAUUACCAUCCUGGACGACAGUGACCCCAACUGGUGGAAAGGGGAAACAUACCAGGGAGUCGGCUUGUUCCCUUCGAACUUUGUCACUGCCGAUCUCACUGCAGAACCUGAGAUGAUGAAGACAGAGAAGAAGACUGUACAGUUCAGCGAGGACAUCCAGGUGGAGACAAUAGAGCCUGAACAGGAGCCUGUGUACAUAGACGAGGACAAAAUGGAUCAGCUGCUCCAGAUGAUCCAAAGUGCAGAUCCUACAGACAACCAGUCGGACAGCGUGGAGUUGCUCCAGCUAGAAGGUGCAUGUAACCAAAUGGGACCUCUGAUUGACCAGAAGUUGGAGGACAUAGACAGGAAGCACUCUGAGCUGUCAGAGCUGAACGUAAAGGUCAUGGAAGCGUUGUCUCUAUACGCAAAGCUGAUGAACGAAGAUCCAGUGUACGCCAUGUAUGCCAAGCUGCAGAGCCAGCAGUACUACAUGCAGCAGCCUGCCAGCGCGGCACAGCAGGUCUACCCUGGUCAGCCGGCGUCGGGCUCAUAUGCCAUGAGCGGCACCGGGGUGCAGGGCUACACGGUUCCUGUGGAGCAGCUUCCUGCUGGCGCUCCCAUGCCGGGUCAGCCAGCUCCCGGUGAUGUCCACAUGUACAUGGGCCAGCCACCGAUCUACGCCGCAGCGCCUGGUGCUAUGGCUCCAGCAGACAUUCAGUCCUACCCAAACCCAGCCAGUGCUGCACCGUGCACAGCUCCUGGAAACUACAGCGCCCCCUCUGGCACAAGCAUAGCGCCUCCCUCAGACGUCCCACAGGCCCCUUACUCAGAGAAAGCCUUGCUAUAGGCCCCCCCUCCUUCUCCCCCUUACAGAUUGGAUAAACAAACACACAUUGUCACCCCGCAGUAAGAAGUAGUUCGUUGUUGUUCCCAUUAAGGAGGAGCAGCAGGUUUGAAAAUUUGAAUCGGAUCAGGCAAACACUGGCGUUUGGUUCACCUUGUGUUUUAUUUGGCAAAUGUACAUGUGAGAAUACAGUUACUUCUUUCUGCUGGUCAUGAGGUAUUCAUAAGGUUUUGAUUUGAGCUGACAAGUAUGUAAGUUUGAAGGUAUGCAUAAUUCUUUUCUUUGAUCAUCUUUGCACAUUUUUACCUCCUCAGCUGCUGUUAGUUGGACUGGUUUAUGUUUUGUUCACGGUGUAAUUCUAAGCACCUAAUUUAAACCCGGCCAGAAUGAAAUCCACUUUUUAUGUACAAAAUCUGACAAUAAAUAAUUAAGUAAUGCUUGAUUUAAAGAUUUAUGGAAAUACAUUAUUGUUACUUUGUUUGUUUUAAAAAAAAAUACAUAAAGACCAAUUAAAAAGGCUCUUAUAGACCCGUUUUUAAAUAAUUUUGCAAACAAAAAAAAACAUAAUUUGAAUUCUUAAUUUUCAAAUCUAUUCAAUUUCUAAAUAUAAUUGCAACUAUCCGGACAUGUAGACACAUCUUGCACUUAGAGAUUAUGAUAGCUUAACAGUAAAAUCAAAAUAGGUGGAUCUGAAUAAAUUUGUUAUUCACAGAGUGAUAAAUUUUAGACAUUUAUUUCAGUAAAUUUUGAUGAUUGUGGCUUAAAAAUUCAACAUGUCACAAACUUAGAAUAUAACUUAAAAUUCAUUUAAAACAAAAAAAAAAAGGAAAAUUGGAUACACCCAAAAUGCUGAAGGAACUUGGGUUCACAAGUCCUGUGUUCUCACUGUUGCCAUUUUCCCUUUUUCUGCUCCAGUUUUUCCUUCCACUAAACUUUCCACUCAAACUCUUUAAUGAGAAUUCGAGUGGAUGAGCAGAAACAAACACCUAAAACAUAAUUUUGAGAUUCACCCGUGAUUAUUAGAAUUUGUCCUGUAUUUCUAAACAAUGUGAGGUUUUUGUAAACGAAACAAGUUUUUACCGAUUAGAGUAAACAAGUGUAACUGCACCUGCUGUAUAAAACAUUUAGAUAAUCCACAUAACGCAUGAAAUCCACAGCAGUUCUUUGACAACACUAGUAACAGGCCUACAUAUGCAGACUUUAAAACACUAACACUGAGACACAUUCGGGGUUGCCACGGUGAUCUCAUCCACUACAGCCGAUUCCAGCCCCGGUCUUGCCACGAAAAUAGUAUUUUUUUCUUCUUCUUUUUUUUUUUUUUUCUACUUUUUUAUUUACAUCAAAACAUUAAGCUGAAAAUGUACCUUGUAGUUCUCCUGCUUAUCUUUUACAAUUGUUCUCAACUUUAAGAAGUAC